AUGGACCUGCUGGAGCUAUUGCACAAGGGGGGAAUGGACGGUGACGUGGACUUCCUACGGGAGGCUCUGAGAGUGCUGGUAGAGGGGAUCAUGGAUGCGGAGGUGUCAUCGAGGAUCGGUGCUGAGUAUGGAGAACGCAGCCCUGAGCGGGUGACCCAGCGCAACGGGUAUCGGUCCCGGGCGUGGGAUACCCGUGUAGGGACGAUGAAGCUGCACAUCCCGAAGCUCAGAGAGGGGAGCUACUUCCCGAGCCUGCUGGAGCCACGGCGUCGCAGCGAGCGAGCUCUGCUGGCUGUGAUCCAGCAGGCCUACGUGGAAGGUGUAUCCACGAGGCGGGUGGACGAUCUGGUCAAGGCCCUGGGGUGUGAGGGUAUCUCCAAGAGCCAGGUGUCGCGCAUCUGUCAGGAGCUGGACGUGGUGGUGGAUGGCUUCUUGGGCCGUCCGCUGGACGGUGGACCCUACCCCUACCUGUGGUUGGACGCACUGACCCAGAAGGUCAGGGAGGACGGCAGGAUCGUCAACGUCAGCGUGGUGGUGGCGACGGCGGUCAAUGGCGAGGGCAAGCGGGAGAUCAUCGGGAUGGACGUGGGUACCAGUGAAGACGGCGCCUUCUGGCUGGCCUUCCUACGCUCGCUGUCCGCCAGGGGCCUCAGUGGGGUGGAGCUGGUGGUAUCGGACGCUCAUCAGGGACUCCGCGGCGCCAUCGCCGCAGUCUUCGGCGGAGCCAGCUGGCAACGGUGCCGCACCCACUUCAUGACCAACCUGCUCACUCGGGUCCCCAGGCGCGCCCAGCCCUGGGUGGCCACCAUGGUCCGCACCAUCUACCAGCAACCCUCCCCCGAUGAGGUACACGCCCAACUCGACAGGGUGACCUCUCAGCUCCACGAUCGGUUCCCCGAGGUCGCCUCUCUACUGGACGAAGCGGGACCCGACGUCCUGGCCUUCUCCAGCUUCCCACUCGCCCACUGGAAGAAGCUCUGGUCCAACAACCCACAGGAGCGUCUCAACAAGGAGAUCCGGCGACGCACCGAUGUGGUGGGCAUCUUCCCUAACCGGCCGGCCGUGCGCCGCCUCGUUGGCGCCGUCCUGGCUGAGCAGCACGACGAAUGGGUCGUCGGACGUCGAUACCUCACACCCGCCAUUCUGACCUUCAACGAAGCUCUUCCGGAGGCCGAUCUCGCGGAGGCGACAGCCGCCUAA